AUGUCAGAAACUGAAGUUGAACCACCACGUAAAAGACAAAGAAUCAGAAGAGAGAUUAAAUUUACAUCAAAAUAUGAAGAUGAAAAAGUGGAGAAAACAAAGCCAACAAUUGAAACUGAGGUGUCAGAGGAAACUACCAUAGUUGGUUUUAAUAAGAGAAAUCAGAGUAUCUUAUCCGUUAUACAUCUUGAAAAACCAUUGACUAUUCAAGAUGAAUUCCCAAUACCUGAAAUUAAUGAAAAUGAAAUUUUAGUAUUUAAUAAAGCAAUUGGCUUAAAUCCUAUUGAUUGGAAAGGUAAGAAAUAUGGAUUUGGGAUAUAUCAUUUUCCAUGGAUAAAUGGUAGAGAAUCAAGUGGUAGAGUUGUCAAAAUUGGUUCGAAGGUUAAAAAUUUCAAAAUUGAUGAUGAUGUAAUUAUAAGUUCGACUAGCUAUAGAGAUAAUAGAACAUCAACAUUUCAACAGUAUACAGCUAUUGAUUCAAGGCUAGUUUGGAAAUUACCAAAGAAAUUUUCAUAUGAAGAUGGUGCCACCAUUGGUGUAGGUUUAGUUACUGCUGGUAUUUUAUUUUAUAAUUCUUUUAAUUUUGAAUUAUCGAAGAAACCAAAGACUAUAGAUGGAACCAUUGUAAUUUGGGGUGGUUCAACUAUUGUAGGAAUCUACAUAACUCAACUUGCAAAAAUCUAUGGAUUGACAGUUAUAAGUAUAGCAAGUACAACUCAUGCUGAAUAUUUACAAAAAAUUGGUGUUGAUCAUUUAAUUAAUAGACAUCUAACAGAAGAUGAAAUAGUUGAUAAAGUCAAAGAAGUAGCUCCGAAUGGUAUAAAUUAUGGUAUUGAUUGUGUGUCAAAGCAAACAUCAUCUAUAGUACUAAAAUUAUUAGCUUUAAAUUCAAAGAAGUUAAAUGAGAGCUUGAAACCUCAAUUCUCAGGUAUUGUUGGAGUUCCAAAAGAAAAUACACCGGAGACGGUUACCAUAAGAGAAGUUGUUAUAAAGAAAUUUCAUGAAGAUAUAUCAUUUGGUAAGAAAUUUAUAGAUGUCACAUCUUCAUUUUUGGAAUCCGAGAAAAUAAAACCAGCAAGAUACAAACAAUAUAAAGGUGGCCUACGCAUAAUAGAUGAUGCUUUGAAAGAUUUAGAAGUUAAGGGUGCAAAUGGUGAAAAGUAUGUAGUUAGUAUAGUGUGA